CUCUGUCACUGUCUACUGUGUGUGACUGUGACUGAGCUGAUGAAGAGGUCGAGUGGGUUGUGUUUUGUUGUGGAAACUGGUUUUUCUGGUGUUUUCUUUUCGAGUUGGUCUGGUAUUUAACAAGUUGGCUGUGAUUUGCGCUGGAAGAUGUUUAUUUUGCGCUGAUAUUUUAUCCAGGAUUAAAGGAAAGGAACGUCCUUUCAAAGCUGUUUAUUCUCUACUGCGAUUAUAUUCCAUUUCUUUUGUGAGCAGAUUAGAAAGUUUUUUUGCCGAGUGUUUCGUGAGUUAUAAAGAGGUGGUAAACCAUCAAGUGCAAAAGUGAAUCCAGGAAACAGUGUCUACCUGCAACAGCAGCUGCAGCGGUUCAGUUGGUGGCUAGUGCUAUAUAUACAACACAGAAAAGAAGGAUAGCAUUUUGCAGUGAAUAUGAUGCCGAUAAAAGGGAUUUAUCUUGCUCUACUGGUGCUGGUGGCAAGCAGCAGUUUCCACAGCACACAGGUGCGAGGAGAUAAGUACGACGAGGAUGAAGACGACUACUACGACUCUAGAGAACGCGUCCUGGAAACUUCGUACCACGGGUUAAUCAAAGAAAACGAAACAUUCGUGGAAAUAACGCCGCUAAUCAAAGUCGACGAGACAAAAAUUUGUGGUUUCCACAUAAUCAAAAAGAAUAAGGAGAUACCGUUCCAGAUCGAACUAGUCAACGAGCUGGGUAUCCUGAAAGCGAAAAAGUCACUCAAUUGUGAAAAGCGCAAAAACUACAAAUUCGACAUCACGGCGGUGUUCUGCGAUGGAUCGCACUCGAAAAGCGCAAGCGUUCACAUCUCGGUGAUUGACAUAAAUGAAUAUUCUCCGACAUUCCUGCAGCCAUCGUACGUUACCGAGGUGGACGAAGGCCGGCUGUAUCAGGAAAUUAUCCGAGUGGAAGCGACAGACAAGGACUGUACGCCGCUGUUUGGCGACGUGUGCAAGUAUGAGAUUCUUACCAGCGACCAGCCGUUCACGAUCGAUAAUGAGGGCUCGAUCCGGAACACGGAGCCGCUGUCGCACAAGGCAUCGCACAACCACAUUCUGUCGGUGGUGGCCUACGAUUGCGCGAUGAAACAGUCCGCCCCGGUCAUGGUAAACAUUCGAGUGCGACGGGUUUGUGAAGCACAUGUCAUGGGAGUGGCCGAACGAAUCGAUUACAUUGCCAACUCGGUGGAGAGCGUUUUGCUGUUUCCGAAGAUCCACCUCGAGCUGUGUGACAUGCAGUGCAAGGGUGAAGAUAUGGUAAUUCAAUCAUCGGUCGCCCUCAAGACCAAGCACAUUUCGUUCGGAUGUGAUCGGGAUGCUAGCCAGUGCUUGAAGAAGUUGAGUGAUGACGAACAAAUGGAAACUGGAUUGGUUGAUUUACUGCAGAAGAACACCGAAUGGACUAAGGAUUUGGUGUACGACGAAGGAGCUGAAUCGAUUUUCCACUUUGAUGGUAGUUCUGGAGCGAUCAUCCCGAAGAACGUCAUUAAAGCACAAGAUUUUUCCUCUCACCAAUUCAGUGUCAUGACAAUGUUCAGACAUCACAGCAUCUCUUCUAGUGACAAGCAUACCAAGGAACACAUUAUUUGUAGUGCGGACGAUCACAAAAUGAACCGCCACCACAUGGCUCUCUUCGUCCGAAACUGUCGACUUAUCCUGUUGCUGCGCAAAAACUUCAACGAUGGUGACCUGAACAUCUUCAGCCCAGCUGAAUGGCGCUGGAAGAUCCCACAAGUAUGUGACAACGAGUGGCAUCACUAUACAAUCAACGUAGACCUCCCCAAGGUUGACCUCUACAUCGAUGGAGUCAAGUUCGAAAGCAACGUCGAAGAUCGGCACAGCAAUCCGGAGGUCAUCGACGAUUGGCCUCUGCAUGCGGCUCACGGUAUUAACACUACCCUUGCCAUCGGUGCUUGCUAUCAGGGAUCGGAAAAUCGUCUAAAACACGGCUUCAGCGGAGACAUUUCCGAAAUCAAAUUAUCACUGAAGAAGACACUCACUCCGAAUCAAAUUCGUUGCGGAACGGAUUGUGCAGAAAAGUUACUUCCGCCAGCAGAUCAUUUCCUGGAACCAGAGCAGCAGAUUCAAUCCAACACUCAAAUGAACAAAAUUGUCAUUGAAGGUAGCAACAAGAGUAACAUUGAGCUGCUACUUCAGCAGAUUCAGUAUGUCAACAAUAAGGAUAACCCAACCAUUGGUCGUCGCAACAUCCAAGUAAUGACUACCGUAAGCUGUCCAAACAAGAAAGCCAUCCGGUUACCGACGAUCGAUACCUAUAUUAUGGUUACAUCGUCCAAUAUUUCUUCCGAACCGGUCACACCCUCCAGUACUCUUUACAGCAAGAUCUUGGUAGAUAAACCACUCACAGUUGAUCAAAAACCACAGAUUGUCAUUACCGGAAACUCAAACCACUUGGUUUCCUACCCGGACAUUAAGGAUGGAGUCAAAAUUCUUGCCCAGAUCAACAUCAGUAUCUACACCGGCAAAGAGAUUCGUCAAUCUCUGCAGAAAUUGGACGCCUGUAACGUAAAUGUUUUUCCCAGUCUGAAUCCGGACCACGAAGAGAUAACCAUCGACGACAAGGAAGGCACCGAUGAUUCGUUGUUCAAAUUUGACAUCAAGACCAAAAUCAGCAAGGACGGAGUCGAAAUGAUCGGCUACGAUACCAUCGAUAACUAUCAGCACAUUCUCAAAUCAUUGGUGUACAUCAACAAGAAACCGGCUUACUAUUUGAACCGAGUGUUCAAGUUGACCUGCUCCCAGGUGGAUGACCACUUCCGAAGCGCUGAGUACACCCUGACGCUGACGGUGCUCCAUCCGAAGCAGCAACCGACAUCGGCAACUACGGCACCAAACGUACUGCUGGCAGUACCGUCGGUUCUGCCAUCAGUGGCCAACGAUGGACAGUCCCACACCGGAGCUGCCGUGGCUUCCGAUUCGCAUGAAACCAACCAGUACGCCCACGCGAUGCUCCACUCGCACGACAUCCAGGAAUCGCAGUCCAAGGUGCACAACCUGGCACACGAAAAGGCCCAGCUGGCCUCGUCCCACUCGACCAUGUUGAUCGUGGUCAUCUGUGCGUCGUUUGUGCUGUUGAUCUGUGGCGUCGGAAUCGCUCGCCUGCGGAACAACGGUGGUGGCGGCCUGGGCGAUAGCAGCCAGUCGCGAAACCUGGACAAGCACCAACCGUGUCCGAAGGUGGCACCGGAGCAGCAGCUCGAUUGGGACGAUUCGGCCCUGACCAUCACCAUCAAUCCGAUGCAGAACGAUAAUCUGUCGGACGAGAGCUCCGAGUCGGAGAACUCGGACUCCGAGGACGAGGAGGUCAUCAACGGGCGCUACAAGAACGUUAGCCAGCUGGAGUGGGAUAAUUCUACAAUCUAAAUGAAUGUAUCAAAAAUUUUAAAUUAUGGAAAAUUUAUUGCAUAUUUUAAAAUUAAUAAAACCAACAAAUGUGAAAACAAGCAAAAUUGCCAUCCACUUUCCAACCUAUUCGGUAUGUAUGCAUGUACACACACUCACACUUACUCACAGACAGAAUACACCAACAUAGCCGGCAGACGCAGAUCGCCUCCAAGUUUAGACAUGCAUUUGUAGCAAAAGUAGCAAGCCUGAUGAAAAGCGGAACGGUGCCGUACCUUCCGGGUUGUUGCAGUCCGUGCAGUCCGUUCAGCGAGGCAACCGCACCAGUAGUGAUCCGAAAAAGGGACAUCAACCCAGUGUAAAAAGACCAUGCGUACCCAUGCGAACUGGACCGAGCGUGCGAGUGAAAAGCACUGGUAUCCACUGAUUAAGCUUAGCACCACAGACUUGUAGGGGCGUGUGUCGGAAGAUGAGCAGAAAUUAAGUUAAGAAAGUCAAGUUUGUUUUUAGAAGUUUUUUUUUGUAUCUAUUAAUCAGGGAACUGUGAGGAUAACGAACAGGCAACACUGACUGGGAACAUUCCAUUUGUAACUUGUUAAAUUUUUAAUGCAAAACUAACUAGAACUUCAAAGCCACAUAUUAAUGCAGUGAACGCAGGGGUUUAGAACGUAAUUCACUCCUCAGCUGAGGAUUCUAACGAGAAACCACGAGCGACGAAGGUUAAAUUGUUUUACCGCAGUGGAAUGCGGAUUUUGGUUGGCGCACUUCCGAAACUUCUGGGUCAAGUGCCACAGGUGCUGCUGGCCCGGCGGUGAAACCUAUCGGAAAACCACCACCGGAUGGCUCAACCGAAUGAAACAAUUUGGUUUAUCCAGCAAAAGGAUAUUUCGCUGUGUAUUCAACCACAUCAAGCAACAUCAUUAACAUCGUCAUCAUCAUCAACCGUAGUCCGUAGUAGUGAAGGAGAAAAUCUGUUUCAAAUUGCUGCCGCCCCACAUGUGCAGGGCGGGAAGGGUCGUAUAGUGUUGUAUGCCCAGAAUGUGUGGGCGUUCAACCUGUAGCAAACCGAACCGAACCGAGCGAGCAUUAUCAUUAUCGCUUUAUUAUAUAUAAAGCACAUCGCAAAUUUAUGUUGCCCACGUACAUAUAUCGAAAGAAUGGCAGCCGCCGAGAUCAUUCGGUCGUCGGUGGCAGCCGCCAGCAGUAACAGAUAAAAGGAUGGCUCAGGCAGGUAGAGACAGACGAGCGUGCCUGUGGCUGCGGAAAUUUUUACACCGGCACAAAAUGAAUGAAAUGUUUGGCUUUGAUAGGAUUUUCAAACUGCGAACGGCGGUACCGCGAUCCUUCCCCGUGUGUUUCCUAUUCCUAGCUGUCAAAAAGUGGGUCGCUGGGUGUGUUUCUUCGGUCGAAUGAAAAAGUAAUAACUUUUGAUUCGGAUACGGUGUGAAUGAGUUUUAUUUUAGUAUUUUUUGUCUGACUAGAAAUAUACUCUGGUUCAAUUAAAAUAUGUCAUUUUUUGAUGGCGGAUUUUUGCCGGUUUCGAGUUAAUUCACUGACAGGAAAUCGGCACUAUCAGUCACAGAUUUAAAGUUUAUAGAGUUAUCCAAUAUUAUCAGUUUUAAAAAGCUGUCCUCCAAUCGCAACUUGAACACCAGCAGAUCGCGUGUCCUCCCAUACUGCGCAAAGUCACCAAAGGUUGCAUUUCCGUAAAAGACCACUGGGAAUGUCCGAAUUCUAUAGAGCUCUGUACAGUUUUGUUUUGGCAAUAUUGAUGAUGAGUCUUAACCUCACAAAUUUUCAUUUAAUAGUCCUAAUAGCCUCUUUCACAGCCACAGAGUCUACCCAAUGAUUUUGAUGGCAUUCUCAAACCCAAGAAGUAAAAGUUCUUUGUUCAUUUGCCCUGCGUAUUACACCAUCAAGAGCCAUGUUAAAUAGAAGGUUUGCGAACGCAUCUAACGCAUUAGCCAUAGUUGAUUUCGUUAAACUGAAUCUUACGCCACCUUGAAAUUGAUCAGAUGGCGAGUUCGCAGGUUGUGGUCCUGGAACUUAUCUAGGAUCCAUCGCACGUAAACGAAAGGUCGCUAUUCGCAUCAAAAAACCCCAAUGACGGUCACAUUUUGAUGAACAGAAUACAAUAAUACAUAAAUUUAUCGAGUUGACAAUUAGCUUCUACAAUCGAUUCGUUGGUCCUUGGAUGCAUUUGGAUUGCAUUGCCAUCCUUUUAUCGGUUGCUGCAUUGCACAACCGCUUCUUAGAGUUCUCAACGUCGUUACAGCUUAUCUGUGCGCUUCUAUAGGUCUCUUGAUAUUCUCUUGUAUUGGUAGCUCCGCUGCUUCUGAUUUGCUUCGCCCGUUCCAUACUCAUAUUCCUCACAUUUUUAUCACAUUCUGAUGCAGAAACUCAUUUGUGAUUGUUUGUAGUCAUAAAUAGGUUGCAUUAACUAAACUCGCUUGAAAUCUAGUACUUGUGCUUUCAUCCGUCGGACCGUCGGUCGGUUUGCUAGAAAGCAGCUUAUGAUCAUCAGUAAAGAAAACGUCCAGCGACUGUUCUGUAGAAGUUCCAUUCGUCGUUUUUAGUAAAACUGUCCUCUGCACUGGCUAUUACGUGCUCUUGACGCUCGAAUUUCUUUCGACAAUGGGCUCUAUAUACGGCAGCUAUGGUCUCCUUCAGGUCAUCCAACCGUCACGUUUAUCAACCAUUCGUGGAUCUUACAAACAGUGAGAUGCCGGAGCGACUGUCGGCAACGUACUGCAUGUUUCUAUCGCACUGAUCGAGUAGAUAACAGUCUAUCUAUUUAGCGGUAGAAACAAACAGUAUUCAUACAAAAAUAUUAUCGUCACAAGAGGAGCGUGUGGUGCGAAUUUAGAAUGAUUAGACUUCUCAAUAUAGCGGGCGGCAGCAGUUGAGUGUGUAAAACAUUCGGGUACCAACCGAAAGAGCGUGGGUGCGAGCCGCACCUGCCCUUUGCGCAACGCAAUAUAUUUUUGUUCUAUAUCAAAAAUUUUCAGUUAAUUCAAUUAAUCAUUAUUCGCAUCGGACACUUCCUCCCGUUCCAAAAAAAGUGAGAUGGUGAUCAGAGGCUAUGUUUAGUUCCUAAAAAGACGUUAUGUCGGUAUUCUCCAAAAACUGUCGAUCGUCACUCAGAACAUGAUCGAUAUAGGAGCAGGCGUCCCUAUUAAGGUGUCUUUAGGUGUGUAUCUUAAUCUUUAUACAUGGAAGAUAAGUGCUACAGGUGUCCACGGUAAAGCUUAUUCGCGGCUCAGGUCUUUUUCAUUGGUGGAAAAAUUAAUGUGGUGCCUUCCCAUGACCAAGGCCAAUCCAUUUUUUUUUUCUCAAGCAGUCAGUCCCACCGUCCAUUCAAUUUCAUUUCAGUUUUUGUGCUGGAGUACAAACGCUACGCACAGUACCGCCACACUUCGUUCAGUCAUACCUCUAAUUGUACAGCAAAACGAAUGCAAUCUGAUGUGUUUUUUACAUUUUCGCUUCGAUCAAGUUUCCUUCACCGUUUGGAAUGCGAAUGACUGCAAAACAGUCAAUUGACUGACAGUCACCGCACUAACGAAAAGCAACCGCGUUAUCGUAUGGUUCAAUACUUGAAAAAACCAAAACCAACACUACAUCUGCAUGGAAGAAGUCGCUCGAACGCUGUCCGAUACAAAUAAACAUGUUGCUUGGGUCAGAUCGACGCCGAGCGACAAUCUUUAACUGUGGGAAGCCAAUUUGGAGACAAGCAAAGAAACGGAAAAAUACGUCACCCAUGAUGCCAGUCAGUUUGCAGUUUACAUUCUUCAGUAUGAACGUAAAACGGGAGAACGAGUGGUGAAUUCUCUUGCGGCAGAUUGGCUACAUUCAAAAAAUAGUCAAAUGAUCGUUUUUGAAGCGCAAGUUGAAUGCAAAAUGCGUGCGCAUUUACGCAAUCACAACAACUUGCGAUGUUUUAAAUCAAAAACUAAUAUUUUUGAGCUUAUGUGGGAAUGUAUAUAACGAUUAGAGAAACUUUCCUGUCGUAACAUGGUCUAUCUCUAUUGAUUCCUGGUCAUUGCAGAAACAAAGGAAACGUAAUUGCUGAUCAAUUGGCAAAAAGGGUCAUACAGGGCAAUCCAUAGGGCACGAACCCUUUAUUUGACUAUCUUCUUGUGCCCUUAAAAUGGUACUUAGGAAUUGGGUAAAAAUCUGUAAGUUAACUGGAAUUGGCUGGAAAAUGUUCUAUAAAGCCUUAAUGCUCUUCAAACACAAAAGCUCUCAACAUGGCAUAAAAUAAAAGAGGUCACACCAUAAUAGAUCAAAAUAAUAGUCGCUGUGAUCCCCAACACGGGCACAUAUCUUCCACACGAUUGUGAGGAACAUGCUCCUCAACCCCAACGGGGGACGGGAAAAAACCGGGCUAUGUCAUUUUUGGCAACAUUUGUCGUUGGCGUUAAGCAUUUUGAGCAACGCAUUUCUCAAUUUUGACCUGUUUUUAAAGUUGAUAAGGGCUUAGAUGUUUUAGCCACACCUACCCCGUUUGAGAAGAAUGAUAAAGUGGAAUGAUUUGUUUCUUUAUUAGAUACCACUUACCUCCCAGUUGGCCUCAAAAUGUGAUACUGGUCGAGCAAGCUAGUCGUAUGUUCGACUCUCGACUGGAAGACAGUGUUAUAGUCAAUAGUAUCGUAGCGCUAGUCUCGUAAUUGCCCUGUACUCUAACAGUUGGCUGUGAAGAAUUUUGAAUAAAAAUAAGGUUUAAGUUCCGAUAUCGGAAUUUGGCAACCUUUAGUUUUCCCUGGUUUGAACUAACAUAGUUUAAUAAAUUCGAUACAAAUGUUUAUUCCAAUUUAUUAUGGGUGAUAGCGGUCUGCAAAUGUAAAUGUACCACUUAAUACAUUAAGUGCAUUCAUCGAAAGUUUUGAAAUGAUUCUUAAUCGCGACACGAACGCAGUAAAUUGUAAUGUUCACAUAAUUUCACAAGAAAAACUAGAGAAAUUGUUUAAAAAAGUCAAUGCUCGAUAACCUGGAAAAUCUCUCCAUGCUUCCGAAAUUCUUACAUUCAGUUCAUCAAUCUUAGGCUUCUUGCUAGUCUAGAUCUGUCGCAUAAUGAUUGCUCAAAUGUUUUCCACUGGAUUUAGAUCUUGAUUUAGACUGUGAGCUGAUCAUCAAAGAUCAAAGUUUGUUCAAUAGAGUUCACAAAGUUUGCUCAAUAGAGUUGUACGUAUCCUGUUCGUUAGUUACAGGAUAAGUACAAGACUACUGCUAUGAUCCCAAAAAGCAAAGUCUUAAGGUUCGAAAACAGACACUGAGGAAGCCUGCAAGUCGUAGGCGAAAUACGUAUCUGUCAUUGAAUAAAAUACACAUAGUAGAAUUAAAUUGGAUAAGUUUUCUUAUUUGUUUAUUUAUAGGUUUCGUAUUCUACUAAGACGCUCCAAAAACUUCAGUCAAAGUCUUAAAGGCCAAACAGAAUGCUGCGUUGACGCGUCCGUCUGCGUUAUUCUGACAGUUUUCCCAUGGGUUUACUGUCAAAUUGACGCUAACGGAUGCGUUGACGCAGCAUUCUAUUUGGGCCUUUAGGCUUAAACGUCUUUCUAAGACUUGACCCUUCUUUAUCGACAGACUUCGCAGCCGGUUGUACAGGCCAAUUAUGGGGCCAAUGCAACAAUUCUACCGACUCUAACAGCCUCUCCCAGUCGAGAGUCGAACAUACGACGGCUAGCUUGUUAGACCAGUGUCGCACCUCGAGACCAACUGGGAAGUCAAUAUUAGUUCACACGUGUUUUAUAAAGAAACUCACUGCAUUUCAUCAUUCUUCUCUAACGGAGCUCGGUGUAUACUGGUAGCUGGAGUUGAUUACGCCAUGGUAGGAAACAGCAAACAGCAUGGGUCAAUCAUCCGGAACUGCAAGCGUUAAGCCAUUAAUAAAGAGCAUAAAGAGCCAAGGCCCGAGGGGACUGCCUUGUGGGAUGCCGGAGAGAUUCGUGAAAUACGCAGACCGCUGGUUUCCUAUCCUCACAGUCAACUAUCGUACAAGUGCAGAAUUAACUCAAAUUUUUUCCAUUUUGGCCAGUAGCAACUCAUGGAAAACGUGUAUUGUACUAAUAAAUACUAAGAGGGGCGCAUCGGGUAUGCAUAUUGCCAUGCUCCAAUGAAAGCAAAAGAUGUCCCAAUCCCAAGCAUCGUCAUCAUCUGUUAUUCUCAUUUUCAAUAAAAACUUUUACCUGCGAAAAAACGGCUGCGGCUUCACGUCAAGUGCUUGCUUUUCAUGAUAGUACAAUAAUUAAUUCGUUUCGAUUCAAAAGCUCUUUCACUGUUUAUUCAGGUGUAAAAAAGAAAGCAAUUGGGAAAAUGUCGUAUCUCGUCUGGUUUUGUGCCAUUUUUAAACAAGUUUGCUUUGAUGGGUUGCUGUGACUUUUGCCCACACUAACUUAAAAGAUGGGAAAAAUGGUUGAUAUUUUUUCGACAACCAAGUGUUUGCCUGUUCUGUUAGGUAUCAACAGUUCAUACAUGAGAAACGGCAUUUUUAAACAGUUUUUAGUUCCUACAUGUAUCAAGCAGCAGUAAGCCAUACAUUUGUUCUAGUGACCAUUGCAAAGAGAAAGAGCCAUAUUAAGGAAAAAAGCCAGUUUCAGCAUGAAUUCCGCACAGUUUUUUGGACAGGCACAGCGCACUUUGCACAGACCAGCACCAUCACCACCACCAGCAAGCACACAGAAACGACACAAUCACAAGCGAACAGCUGUUGUUCGAUUGUUUUAAGUAGACAGUCUUGAAACCGUCCAUAUUGAAUGAAGCGGCGAAUUAGUAGCUGCGCAUCUAGUACUAGAGUAGCAACUCUGUGUAGUGAUAGCAGUAGUAGUAGUAGAAGUAACAAAGCAGUAAAAAUGUAGGAAUAACAGUGUUUUUCACUCGGACUCUGGCCGUACACAUACACACCGAUACACACACGUACACCGCGUGCACGUUCACAACCACAAUCCACCCGUAAGGUGCACUACGCAUACACUAACACAAGCAUAGACACACAUACACGAACACACUGAAUGCCGCUUCCCACCUCUCAAAAACCUUUCAAGCCGUCGUGUCGUAAGCAGCACUUGAACAGAAAAAAAACAGUUAUACAAACGUUUAGGGAAAAUUUGAAGAAGCAAAAAAAUAGACGAACUGUAAGUUCGCGAAGGCAACUUCCGAUGCGCAUUGAUAGUUGUGAGUCUAAGUUUCUAGUUUUUUAGUUGCUUUACAAAUGUAACGAGUAACACACAGAUGGAGUUAGCAGAAAAGAGUUGGAAGAAGUAAAAUCAAAAUAAUUUUGUGAUACAAGUAAGAGCGGGAUGUAAACGAGUAAUAGCUAUUUGUUUGAUUGUUUUUUAUUUCAUUAGAGCGGGAAAGCAGCCUCCCGGCUGGUUGACGUUAAGGCCGCAAAGUAAAAAAGUAAAGAUUUCCUUUAAUAUUAUCAUUAGUUGUAAUAUUUUCCACGUACUUUUUUAUAUAAGAAGAGAUAUACGCUGUGUCCAAAAUCCAUUAUUUGAAACUAUGUUUUGGAUUAGAGUUUUUUUUUAACAAAAACCUUUUUUCUCCGUUAGAAUUGACACACCCAAAACGAAACACACGUGUAGCAUAUAAGUGGUAAAACAAGCAAAAAACAAAAUGUAUAAUAUUGAAAAAUUGGAAUUCUACAUUAAAAACUAACACGGCAACAGGUGGUAACUAUAUCAGUACUAACACUCACACAUGGUUUGGCAACAUAAAAAAAAAAAAACGAUCAGCAGCAUUGUGUAACUCGCAAAACAAAAAACCCAACUUCAGCUUUCAAGUUACGAGAACGCAACCGCUAAAUUAUGAGGUAAACUGAACUUAAUAUAUAUAUUUAUAUAAGCGGUAUAUUAAUUUGAUAUUAAGAAGAUGAAAAGCCACAGGCAAAAGCUGACAGUCCCAAUAUCCAGCAGUACAUUUUUCCUUAGUGCCAGCGCGCCCGAGCGCGGCUGAGAGCAAGGAAUAUCAGGAGGUGUAGAACCGUAGUUAAUAAAAUUGUGUGACACGUUGGAAGCAGGAAGCAAGAAGUAUCGCAAAAGAAACUCAUCGAAAACAGGAAGCACGAAGGCGUCGUCUCGGUGGAUGCAAGCUUUCCAUCCAUCCGGAUGACGACGACGACGGGAGGAAGUAGGGCAGAGGAAAUCUCGUUAUCAGUGCUUCUUGACAUUGCUGUGACGCAACUGGGAUCAGUGCAUGUAACAGGAUAUACGUAAGCCUUGCUUGCUGCUGGAGCUUGAAGCCGGCUGCGGGUGGAACACGAAGGGGUGAUGCUACUGGGGGUUGCCCCAGUAAUGAACAAGUUUUGAGCCAGUUUCGAAACAAGGUCAUUAGACAGUUGUAAAGCAGUCAAACGGAUUUAACGAUGGGCGGAACUUGUCGUCACACAGUUGGCGUUGACAUGGCGCGCGUUAGAUAGAUUGCUCUUACACAGGCUCUCGACAUGUUUAAGGACAUGACACGAAUCACCGCCCAGAAUAAGCAAAGGUUUGUUUAUUUUACCUACGCGACCGCUAUGGUUAAACUCUUCUCAUGCAAUUGGCUGUAAGGAAUUAUACUUUACAGACAAACAGAUCAGAAUAAGUGUGGAAUUUAUCACAGUCUAAAUUGUUCGUUGCACUGUACCGUUUGUGUCUGCAGAACAAUGCUGAGCAGGAUAAUCUUACAAACCCGAUUGCUCUCCUUCCUUUCAGGAACAGACAGACAAGCAGGCAGGAACGAUGCAUACAAAUGUAGCUAUACGUAUAGGAAAUAAAGAAAAAAAAACUUACUUAACUAUAACAGUCACAGUUGGCAAGAGAGAUAAAUUUAAUUAUACAUAAUAAAAACUUGUAAAAGAUAGUAAAAGGCAGUGGAAGUAAAUAUUGGAGUCUAAAACAUAUGCUUAAGUUUGUGAAAAAUAAAGCAAGUCAGAAGCAACAACCGUAAUCGUGUUUAAAUGUGAAUACUUAAAAUGGAAAUAAAAAAAAGGAAAACAACAACCACGUGUACACCAUGUUUAGUGCGCGUAUAGAUGUACACACUUACGUUAGCGGUACGUGAACUUUUCUGUUAAACGAUUAUCCUAUAUAGACUAACAAGUAAAGACAAGAAAUGAUAUUUAGCUUUUAAAAAGGAACACAGACUUACUUGAGACUAAAUAACGACAAAAUUAAGGACGAGCGAAAAUUCUAUACAAGAGAAUAGUUAAAAUCCGAAGGAUUUACUCAUUAAAAAAAUGCUGCUUUCAUAAUCUUUAUAGAAUUAAAUAACAAAAAAAGAGAAAGUAAAGGAUCAUAGAAAUACAUCAUUCAUCAUGUGAAGCUUGAUUAGAGAGACCUAAAAGGGAAACGUGGACCUUCAGCGUCAGCAUCAUCCAACUGAAAUUGUACCUACUUUAGUUUCACCAUUUUCAAAACCGACGACAACAACCGACCACGGCGAAGUACCUACUGUACUGUACUGUACGGUUUUGGCCUGUCCGCUUCAACGACAGCGACUGUCGAUGACGAUGUGAAAAGCGUUGCAUUGCGGCAUCGCCGCCGUUCAUCAUUAGACCAUCAUCAUCAUCGGUCGAGUUUGAUGCUGCAGUUGAAGACGACGAUUGACGAGCGAGCGCGCUAACACUGACGGUUUUGCGAUAUUGUCGUUCCUUUAUAAUUUUCCCACUUGUUCAAAAAAUCAAAACGUUGCGGUGGUGCAUAAAUCAACAUUUUCCUUUCUUUUCAAUAUACCGCACGGUAUGGGUGUGCAGCCCGUUACAAAACUAAAAUGUCGUGACCAUUCAAAAACAAUUUCUCACAGCCCUUUACGUGUGCAUGCAUGCAGACGCAACAUUGAUUGAUUGAUUACCCCGCCAUUGAUUGGACUUUUCACGUUGUUCGUUGUACCAAUUGUAAACCGCCACCGUCGAAUGUUCCCUCUUCCUAUGCCCGCCAUUCCCUCGUCGUUAGCGCAAACAAUAGGCACACACGAUUACAGUCACGUAUUACAAACAAGAAGCAGAAAAAAAACAGGUAGCGAUGCGUAGAGUUGUGAGCAAGCGAAGAAGAGGAUAA